AUGGCACACCAAGGACAUCCAGUGAAUGUUUACACCUUGCCGGAAUUCCCCACCGGCGGUCAUGAGGUCGUCACCGGAGUGGACCCCACCAAGCUAAAUCAUCCCUGGGAUGUUUGUAUGUUGGGGUUCAUAACAGCGGAUAUUCUGGGAGUGAAAGUUCGCGGUGCGCUCGCCGGGAGAGAAAUGGUGACUUUGGUUCGUGAUUAUAACAGCUUCUGGUCAAACCGGUAUGUUAUCAAAGUGUUUAAUGGGAUGAACGUGGAAGUUGGGUAUCUUGAUGAGAGAGCGUCUGUUGUGUUGGCGCGGUUGAUGGAUGCUGGCUUGGUUUGGGUUGAAGCGAUUAUUCCGAAUUAUUCGAUGAAAGCCGAUGCUAAAUGGAGGCCGGUUCAAAUCUAUGUGUUUGCUAUUCGGGAGAAGGUGGAUGAGGUUUAUGCUAAGAUAAUCUGGGGUGGAUUGGAGAUAAUUAGGACUGAAGGGAGUGUGGAGAUAGUUGAGAUGGCGAGGCAGGAUGAGCAUGAUCAGAGGAGAUUGAAUGGGAUAGCUAGAGUUGUGAGUGAUGGUGCGGUGGUGGAAGUGGUGGAGACGCCGAGGGAGGUGGUUAAGACGGAGUUGUUUUUGCAUCAGAAGAAGGCGUUGGCUUGGAUGGUGAAGACGGAGAGUUGGGCUGGGAUGCCACCUUUUUGGGUGGAGCAGUGUGAUGGGAGUUUUGUUAAUGAGGUUAUGAAUGUUGGGGUGGCGCAUAGGCCGAGGGCUUUGCGUGGGGGGAUUUUGGGGGAUGAUUCGGGGAUGGGGAAGACCUUGACUCUUCUUUCUUUGAUUGCGUCGGAUAAGUGUAGUUAUGGUGGUGGUAGUGGUAGUGGUUCGGGAAGUGAUGUGGUGGAGGAUGGUAAGGAGGAAUUUGCUAUUUAUCAAGGUAAGGAGCCGAAGAGGGCGAGAGGGAGUAGAGUGGUGGAUAAAAUGAGGAAAAGGCAGAGAGUUGUAGGAGAGCUAAGUAAUGAUGGAAAUGCUUUGAUUGAUCUUGUGGCUUCCAGGACAACAUUGGUUGUGUCCUCGACUUCUGUGUUUUCGACGUGGAAAGAGCAAUUGAAAAAGCACACGAAGCCGGGGAAGUUUAGUGUUUACCUGUAUUAUAAACAGAGGACUAAGGACCCAAUGGAGCUUAUAAAGUAUGAUUUGGUACUCACCACAUACUCUUUAUUGGCUUCGGAACUGGAAUCGGGAUCACCAGUAUUCCAAGUACCUUGGUGGAGGGUGAUUUUGGAUGAAGCACAUCUGAUAAAGCACUCCACUCCUACACAAGCCUCUGCUGUACUUAGGUUAAAUGCUAGGCGGAGGUGGCUGGUCACAGGAACUCCCCUACAAAACACUACAAUGGACAUGUAUUCUUUCAUGUCAUUUCUGAAAUACAAUCCAUUUACAGAUAAACACUCCUGGAAAAAGACGCUGCUAAAGCCAGUGGACACGAGUAGUGAGGUCACUCGGUUACAGAUGGUGAGUUGGGGAUUACUUGAAUUCAGGGACUUGCAGAGAAGUUAA